GAGAAGGAGGAGGUUAAAGGGGAAGGACCCCCGGAAGUGCCCCCUCCUCGGUGCGGGAGCGGGAGACGCCGGGGCGGAGUCCCCCGCUUCCCCUCCGUGUGGUUGGUGCGUCCCGGGUGACGUCAGAGGCAGGCCCCCCCUGCCUGGAUGGUGCGACCUGAGUGACGUCAGGAGCAGAGGCCGGAGCUGUCCAUCAGCACCAAAGGCCGCGGGCGGGCUCAGGGCAUGGGGCCGCGGCUCCGGGGCGGCCCGAGCCCCUGCUUUUGCUCCUUUUCCUUCACCAGGCCUAAUCUAAGGCCCCGGUCGCAGCGGGGCUGGAGUGCCAACCGGUGUUGGAGGUGGAGCGGCGACGCUGUCGCGCAGAGACCGGUCUCUCCGGCCCAGCAGCCCCUUUCCUUGCACCGCGGACUUUUCCCGGACCUCGAUCAGUUGCAGCUUCUGGAGCCCCGCAACCCCGGACCCUUCGGACUCUGCACAGCCUCUUUCGCUCUGAAGCGCAGGUCGCCUCCAACCCAGGUUGAUCUGGGAGGGUGACCCCCUUCCAUUCCCACCACUAUGCCGGGCACUGUGGCGACCCUGCGGUUCCAGCUGCUGCCCCCCGAGCCAGACGAUGCCUUUUGGGGUGCACCUUGUGAACAGCCCUUGGAGCGAAGGUACCAGGCACUGCCGGCUCUCGUCUGCAUCAUGUGCUGUUUGUUUGGAGUCGUCUACUGCUUCUUCGGUUACCGCUGUUUCAAGGCAGUGCUCUUCCUCACCGGGCUGCUGUUCGGCUCGGUGGUCAUCUUCCUGCUGUGCUACCGAGAGCGGGUGCUGGAGACGCAGCUGAGUGCCGGGGCCAGCGCCGGCAUCGCCUUGGGCAUCGGGCUGCUGUGCGGGCUCGUGGCCAUGUUGGUGCGCAGCGUGGGCCUCUUCCUGGUGGGGCUGCUGCUCGGGCUGCUGCUCGCCGCUGCCGCCCUGCUGGGCUCGGCACCCUACUACCAGCCAGGCUCCGUGUGGGGACCCCUGGGGCUGCUGUUGGGGGGCGGCCUGCUCUGUGCCCUGCUCACGCUGCGCUGGCCCCGCCCCCUCACCACCCUGGCCACUGCCGUGACCGGCGCCGGGCUCAUCGCCACCGCUGCUGACUACUUUGCGGAGUUGCUACUGCUGGGGCGCUAUGUGGUGGAGCGACUACGGGCCGCCCCCGUGCCUCCCCUCUGCUGGCGGAGCUGGGCCCUGCUGGCGCUCUGGCCCCUGCUCAGCCUGAUGGGCGUUCUGGUGCAGUGGCGGGUGACAGCAGAGAGGGACUCCCACACCGAAGUGGUCAUCAGCCGGCAGCGACGACGCGUGCAGCUGAUGCGGAUUCGGCAGCAGGAAGAACGCAAGGAAAAGCGGCGGAAGAAGAGACCCCCUCGGGCUCCCCCCAGAGGUUCCCGGGCUCCUCCAAGGCCUGGGCCCCCUGAUCCUGCUUAUCGGCGCAGGCCAGUGCCCAUCAAACGCUUCAAUGGAGAUGUCCUCUCCCCGAGCUACAUCCAGAGCUUCCGGGACCGGCAGACAGGGAGCUCACUGAGCUCCUUCAUGGCCUCGCCCACAGAUGCGGACUAUGAGUACGGGUCUCGGGGGCCACUGACAGCCGGCUCGGGGCCCCCUGUGCGGGUAUAGCAGUAUCCUGCCUGUCUAGACUCUGCAGUCACCAGCGCUGCCAGCUUGGAGAGGCCUGCCAGGCCACCACCCAGGCUGCCUGGCUCUGCAGCCUUUGGCUGUUCCUCUCCCCUCCCUGGAAUGGGCUGGCCUGGCCAUGAGAAGGGAGGGUCUGUCUCAGGCUAGACCUGGCCUGAGGGGAAAGACCCUUCCCAAGUUCCUGAGGGGCUCCUGAGGGAUGCGGGGUGUGUGCCCCAUUGAGGUGUGCUCAGGGUUGUGUGUCGCCUGUGUGUACGCGUGUGUGUGUGUGGGGGGGUAGGCUUGGAGGGACACUGGGACCCUUGCCUUAGACUUCUGAUUGGCAGGGCUUCUACAGGGUUGGCCCCGCCUCCUCUCCCACUGCUGGGGUCCCAUGGGCCACUCUUGCAUGUCUAAGUCAAGGAGGCCUGCCUUCCUCCACCACGGCUCUGCCUCCCAACUGGACUCAUCUAAGGGUUCUUGUUCUUAUCCAUAGGGCAAUCUGCAGCACUCCUCCCCCUGGUCCCCUGGCUCUGCAAAGCCACCAGCCUGAAGGCAGUGGCAGGGAUGGGGGAGGAGGUGCUGCUCUGGGGUGGGCUGGGGAGAGGUUGGAGGGAGGGGGGCUUAAAUGCACGGUGCAUGUCUGGUGUCUGUCAUGCCACCCUGGACACCUCAUGCUUCUGUCUCCCCCCUGCCCCAACCUGUUUUACAUCUUUUAUAAAUGUGCCAAACUGUG